UCCAUCAACUCGCCAGUCUCCCCGCGGCAUCCACCGCCGUCCUUUGGCCGUCUGCUCGCGGCCUCAACCAUCCCCCAUGGGCUCCCAGAAACAGUCUCUCGCCUCCCACUCGGUCGAGCCCGCCUGGCCGACGGACGACAUUUGGUAUCGCAGCGACGCCGACGAGGCUCUCCGCAUCCGCCACUUUUGGAACUCGCUUUCCGAGGACGACCGCAAGGCCCUCGUUCGGCUCGAGAAAGAGUCGGUCCUCAAAAAGAUCAAGGACCAGCAGCGCCAGUCGUGCUCCUGUUCCAUCUGCGGGAAGAAAAGGACCGUGAUCGAGGAGGAGCUCGAGUUUUUAUACGAUGCAUACUAUGAGGAGCUCGAGAAUCUCGCCAAGCAACAGUCCAGCGGCGCCUAUCCGCUCAUCCUCUCCGACCUGCCCAGCGUCGACCCCCACGAUCCCAGCUCCCAGUUUAUUGAAUUCAGCAACUCCCUGCGCGCCCGAGACGGUGCCCUGACGCUGGACGAUGACUUUAUCCAGAACAAAGGCAGAUGCUUCAUCGAGAUCAUGGAGCGGCUAACAGCCAGCAAGCUCCGCGAGAUAGAUCGCGAGGCUCUCCUGAACAACGAACUGGACGAGGAUCCGAGCCGCGGCUUCAGCGGACAAUACCCGGAUCGUUUUCGUCCACCAGGAAGCCUUGACGUUGACGAUUUCCAGAACCUGGACGACGAGGGCGACGACGAGGAAGGCGAUUAUGCCGAGGAAGUAGACGAGGACGAGGACGACGACGAGUACUCCGAGGACGAAGAGCGCCGCAUCGAGGAAGGUCGCCGCAUGUUCACGAUCUUUGCCGCCAAGAUGUUCGAGCAGCGCGUGAUGGCCGCCUAUCGCGAGCAGAUGGCCAACGAGCGGCAGAAUCGUCUGCUGUUUGAGCUACAAGAGGAGGAACGGCUGAACCGAGAGAAGGAAGAGCAGCGGCUCAAGAAGCUCGAACGCAAACGAGAGCAGAAAAAACUCGCCAAGCAGCAAAAGACACAGGAGCGGACGCUGCGAGAGAAGGAAAAACAGCAGCAAGAGGAGCAACUUCGGCUGGAGAAGCAAGUGCGUGCCGAAGAGGAGAGGAGGCGGAAAGAAGCUGAGGCGGCGAAAAAAGCAGCCGAGCGGGCAGCCAAGGAGGAGCUCGAGCGGCAGCGCAGACUGGCAGUGCUGAAAAAGAAGGAGGAGGCCCAGCGCCGGGAACAAGAGGCCAAGGAGGCCAAGGAGGCCAAGCGCCGCGAGCGCGAGGAGCGCGAACGCAAGCUCCAGGCGGAGAAAGAGGACGCUCUGCGGCGCAAGCGUGAGGCACGGGAGCAGUCGGCAAGCCCGAGCUCGGCAAGUGUGCCUGCACCAACCGCGGGCUCAACACCGCCAGUGGGAAGCAAGUCUCGGCCGCGCACAGAGUCGCAGCCCUCGGUUGCAUCUCCAGCAAGAUCCCCCGCGCAAUCAAAGCCCCGGUCUCAAUCUCAAUCACAAUCCCAACCACACCCGCAAGGAGCAAAGCCCCAGUCUCAUCCAAAGCAAUCCUCACAGCCCAAGUCAUCGUCUCCAACCAAGCUUCAGCAACCAUCAGCAGCGUCCAAGCCUUCGACUGCUGGGAAGGUUCUCCCGUCUGUAUUCAGCAACGCGGCCCUCACUGCACAUAUGGCUGAUCUGGCGCUGUCACCCGAUUGCACCAGCGUUGAUCUCCAGUCCGCGCCAUCUGCCGACGCCCUGGCGAGUGAGAUGUCUUUCGGAUCCAGCAGCUCCUUCCAAUCGCCAUCCGACGGUUUCUCUGAAUGCACCUCGACGACCGAUCCAGCACCGUCGCUAUCGUCACUGCCGUCGUCGGACUCUCACGCGCCGCUCUCUCCGUUCGAUCGCCAGUCGACUCCGAGGGUGCUCUUGUCGUCGCCAACCCGAACGGAGCACACAUCCUCGGCAUCGCCAGCGCCGCUUUCAUCGCUUCCCUUCCCCGGAAUCGCCACAGUUGCAAACAAUGGCUUCUUCCCCGACCCGGUGUCGGUCUCCAAGAUGCACCCGCAGUCGCUCCAGAUGCACUUUUACGCCGAGCCACACGCGAUCCCACGGCCAUUCAACCUCAUCGAUACCUCCAUGGAGCCUGGCGUUGCCGAUCAAGUCUUACCAGGGGUCUAUCCUCCACCGUACGCACCUCCAGCCGAGUACAAUGGCAUACCCUCAACGCCACAGCCCGCUGGUCUGGCGGUCUUGCCUGGCCCAAUGUCCUUUGGCCAUCUACCGCUCGCUGGACUGAGCGGCGCUCCAGGCCCUCUCCCAUACCGACCACCUCCACAUAUUCUCGCCAACCCGGCGUCGUUGCUAGCGGCGUCACUCCCACAGCCGCUGCCUGCGUCUCCAUCAUCGUUCAGCCCUUCAUCCUCGGCUCUGUCGGCCCGUCCAUUUGCACAUCCCUCGGGGGUCAUCCCGACGACGCAGCCACAACAGCAACACCACCCCGCAAAUGCAACAAUGGGCACCCAUACGUCCUUUGAAUCGUUCCGGCCAGCGCAUGACCGGUCGCCCUUUCCGUUUGUGUCUGCGUUUUCGGCGCCCCUCGGGUCGGAUCCACACGCCCUCCUGCCUCUCGGCUCCCGCCCCGGAUCAUCUCGGUUUUCCUCGUCCCUGCAUGCGACUGCGCUGCCUGACCCAGCGCGCGGGCUUGGCGAAUAUGUCGGUGGUCCACUUGCCCCGGUCCCUGGCUUUGCCGCAGUCUCGCCAGCCGAUCAUCUCGGAAGUGCCUAUGAGUACCCACAAGCACCCGCCGCCCGGUCCCGCCACAGUCUCUCGAGGAUACCCCCUGAGGAGUCGGCUGUAGGCGGCCUCGCAUUUGCAAGUCCUUGGCCGCCUCUAUCGAGCGGACUGCUACCAUCAGCCACACGCACCGAAGCGUCUCCAGUAACAUCGGCCGAUCUGUUUGGAUCGUGGUCGGGGCCAGUGCAACUCACCGCGCCUGCCCUCGAUCCCCUGAGCCUGUCGAGCCCCGUGUCUGCCCGCGAGAUGCCGUCGUCGGCCGUGCAGUCGAAUGCAGUCGGUGUCAUUGGCCAGGAAGCUGGACUGGGCUUCCGAAAGCAGAGCAGCGCCUCGGUCCUGAGCGACCCGGGUGUGUACGCUGGCGGCCUGGUGUCUCCUGUUCAGAACACCGCGUCGGCCUCGUUGCUCUUUGGCGGCGAGCGCAAGCAUAGUGAUGGUUCGAUCGAGGGUCCUCGGCUUCGGUCUCUGCCCGGACAGCCAAGCCACGCCUCCCACGACCCGACAACCGCUGCUCGAAUCAUCGGUCUGGCUACGGGGCAGCACGAGACACAGUGGCUGGGAUCUGGCGUGCUUGGUGGAGAGGUCUACAGCCCAAGCGAGACGCCCAGACUCUCGGCUUCGGGAAUCGGAGGCGCAAGCGUCGCUGGUCACGUCUUGGGGUCGUCUCUGUUCUCGAACAGCUGAGGAUGCCCUUGAAGAGGCCAAGCCCAGCGGUCGAGCCCGCCAAGCCAUGGUGUUCAUGGAUCGAUCGAUCGAUCGAUCGGCGACUCUGAUGGUGCCACGAUGGUGCCGUGAUGGUGCCCAAAAGUGUGUGUACAUGUGGCAGAGCGGCAAUACAAGACUCAUUUUUGGCCACACCAAAGGCGGAGCCGAUUGCAGCGUUUCCAAAAUGAAAUGGGACACCCCGUUUUGACUCAUGACAGGGUUAUUUUCUGUGCCCUGAAUACACCCACCCACUCAUUGCAAUCAUGGC